AUUACCCUUUUUAGCAUUAAAUUAGUUUUGGAUCUCGUUUAGAAUCUAUAGAAUGCAGAGAACAUUAAAAUUAAACAAAACCACUCUCUGAGGUCUGAAGCCUCAAGCCCCUCUCCUCCUUCAAACCCACAUCUCUCCUCUGUUCUCUCCCUUCUUCCCUCUCUCUGCCUUCAACGUAAACCAAACAGUCUCAGAGCCAUGGACCAACACAAGACUGACGACAAUCUCCGUUACGUCGGUGGCCUCACACGUGUUCUCGUCGUUGAUGCCUCCAUUUCUUUUGCAAAGCUAAUGGUUAAGCUCGCUGAGUUCUGUGGGUACUCUGUAGAUUUGAGGUGUCAAUUGCCGGAUGAAGGUGUUCAGAACGCCGAUGCUGAUGGUGAUUGCAAGAAGAAAGAAGAUGAAGACGAUUUCUCUUUCGCAUGCUCCAACCCCGACGGAUCGCCGAUUUCCACCGACAAUAUAUUCCAAAAUGGCCAGAUCCGUCUUGUGUUCUCGAUUUUCAACCCGGAUAUCUUGUUUGCAGAUGCGACGACGAUUUUUCCAGAGCCAGAGGGGUUGCUGCUUCCUCUUCCUCUCUGCGGCCGCCAUUGAAGAAGCUCAUCAGUGACG